CAUAUUCUUCAUUUUUCAGAUAGCAUGGUAGAAGAAGUGAUAGUUAAAGAUUUAGUGAAAAUGAAAGGCGAAAAUUUCUCCACAAAAGAAAUUUGUCCAUCUUCUAGUUUAGAUGAAACAUGUACUUGGGGUUUGCAGGAGAAAGAUGAAAAUACAGAAAUUAUAGAUGCUCCUAGUAAUACAAUUCAAGAAAUACAGUCUGAAAGGAAAGAAGAAACAGUUUCAAUCAAGGAAGAGAGUUCUACUGUAGAAGAUACAUGUACAGUUUAUGUACAGGGAGAGAGUAUGAAGAUGGAAAGUACACAACUAAAAAGUGAAAUCAUAAAUAUUUACUCGAAACCAAAAAGACGCAAGAAGAGUAAACAUGAAGGAAUAGGAUACUCUUGUGGUGAAUGUGAUUAUGCGGCAACCAAACCUGGAAAUCUGAAGAGCCAUAUUGCAUAUAAACAUAAAGGAGUUAGAUAUCCUUGUGACCAGUGUGAAUACAAUGCGACUACAGCAGGUAGUCUGAAGAAUCAUGUCGAAAGUAAGCAUGAAGGAGUUACAUAUCCUUGUAAACACUGUGACUAUGCUGGCACUACAGCAUGUCAUCUGAAAACACAUGUUAAAAUUAAGCAUGAAGGAGUAAGAUAUCCUUGUAAACACUGUGAGUAUGCUGCCACUACAGCAAGUCAACUGAAGGGACAUGUUAAAAAUAAGCAUGAUGGAGUAAGAUAUCCCUGUAAACAAUGUGAGUAUGCUGCCACUACAUCAAGUGAUCUCAGAAAACAUAUUAAAAAUAAGCAUGAAGGAGUGAGAUAUCCUUGUGAUCAAUGUGAUCAUGUUUCGACCCAAGCUGGGAAUCUGAAGAGCCAUAUUGCAAAUAAGCAUAAAAGAGAUGGAUAUCCUUGUGACCAAUGUGAAUACAGCGCGACUACAGCAGGUAGUCUGAAGAAUCAUGUUAAUAAUAAGCAUGAAGGAGUGACAUAUUCUUGUGAAAAUUGUGGUUAUUCGGGCGCUACUGCAAGUAGUCUAAAAUCCCAUGUUAAAAGAAAGCAUGAAGGAGUUAGAUAUCAAUGUGAACAGUGUGAAUACAACGCGACUACAGCAGGUAGCCUGAAGAAUCAUGUAGAAAGUAAACAUGAAGGAGUUUCAUAUCCUUGUAAACACUGUGACUAUGCUGCCACUACAGCAUGUCAUCUGAAGACACAUGUUGAAAAAACGCAUGAAGGAGUAAGAUAUCCUUGUAAACACUGUGACUAUGCUGCCACUACAGCAAGUCAACUGAAGGGACAUGUCGAAAAUAAGCAUGAAGGAGUAAGAUAUCCUUGUGAACACUGUGAACAUGCUGCCACUACAGCAAGUGGUCUGAGAAAACAUGUUAAAAGUAAGCAUGACGGAGUGAGAUAUCCCUGUGAUCACUGUGAUCAUGUUGCAACCCAAGCUGGGAAUCUCAAGAACCAUAUAAAAAGCAUGCAUGAAGGAGUGAGAUUUCUUUGUGACAAAUGUGAACAUGUGGCCACUUCUCUAGCUAAUCUGAAGUAUCAUAUAAAGAGUAAACAUGCCAUUACAAUAUAAAAUCUGGACAGAAAUAUAAAAAAUUGAACAUAAAAAUAUAAACCAAUUCUGCAAAUUCCAUUAAACCAAUGUUUCGUUUUUUUUAAGACUAUUAUAAACUGAUUUUAUUCUAACAAAGUACUUUAAAUGCAAACCAUAUUCAAUAUCAUGCCUAAAAUUUGAAAAUGUUUGAAUGUGUUUAUUGGAUAAAAACAAACAGACCGACAAGCCAAAUUUAUAAAUAAUACCAAUAACAAUACUUCUCAGUAUUUAUUUCCUAACUAAUCCAAUGAAAAUUCUUAUAUAUUAUUUAAUAAUUAUCAUGAAGUAGAAUAUGAUUCUACAAGAUUAACUAGGGAUUAUAAAAAUAUAUUUUUCUUCAAUUAAUUACAAGGAAAAAUGCGUCUCAAAGUAAUGAUGUAAUACGGCCCUUUCCAUCUUUUAUAAUCUCUUUUUCAAUUAUCAACAUACAGCUCUUCUCCCCCCCCUCCAUCCUUUCAUCCUUCCUUGAAUAUUUUAAGCCUAUUUUUUAGUAGAUAAACUCUAGUCUUUUAGUUCACUCCUGCUCUCUUUAACAAUACCAAGGGAAACAUUUAUUUGUCCAAUUAUUUGAAUUUAAAAAAUUCAAUCAUAUUUUCAUCCUUAUGCAUAUUAAUCUGUAUUAAGUAAUUGUCUUAAGACUGUUUCAACAUUUUUCGUAUAUUUUUAAUAUUUCAGAAAGAAUGGCAGAUUAUAUGAAAGAAGAAUUCAUUUUAGGAAGAAAUAAAAAUAAAAGAAGAACUUAUUAUUUAGGAAGAUGUUUGUCCAUUCUCUAGAUUUGAGGAAGAUUCCUCAAUUAUUUGUUGAUCGCACUUUUUUUCUCCAAUUUAGCGCCAAAACAGUCUGAUGCAUUACUUUCUUUACACCAUUUAAAAUAUAUAUAUAUAUAUAUACUUUGCUUGUCUGUUUGUAUAUCCAAAACGCCUGAACCGAUUGGGCUCAAAUUUUGUGUGGGACUUCACAUGUACCCAGGUUUAUAUGGAUGAUCAAAAUUUCUAAGAUUUGCCUCCAACACAAUUCAAUUUCCUUUAAAUUUGAAAAAUCCACGAUUUUUUGAAUCCGCGAACUUUUUGUUUUUGUUUUACAUGUAUACAAAGAGAAAAUGUUCACAAUUAGAAUAAAAGAUGGGCGCGAAGCGCUCUAAAAGCCUAGUAUCAUAAAAUUAAUCUAUGGUAGAAUGAACAGAAAUAUGUUUGAAGAUUAUGAUUACUUGUCCAGGUUAAAUAAUUCAGGUUGAAGAAUUUCCUGAAUCAAAUAAACUAAACAAAGUUACAAAUCUAAAGGAAUGCAUGAAAAGUAAAUAAAAAGGAUGGAGAUUUCCAUGCGACCAUUGUGAAUUUACAUGUACAGAUUAUAUUCUGAAAAGACAUUAAAAAAGUUUGCAUAACUUCCCUUGUGAUUAAUGUGAUUAUCUGGCAAUUCAAACUCAAAAAUUGAAGGAACGUAUAAAAGGAAACUAUGUAAGGUUUAUCCUUGUCAAUUCUGUGAUUAUUCUGCUACUAAAGCAAGUCAUCUUAAAACGCAUGUUGAAAAUAAACAUUUAAUGGUUAGA